CGGCUCAUCUUAAGAAUCAUGGUUCCAAUCUGAACAUAAUCAUUCAAACACCUCCAACAAACAGAAACAUUCACAUUUAAGUUUUCUUUCUAUUAUCGUUUCGUGCUUCAAGAUAAACAAACUUUUCGUGGACAAAAAACUUUUUUCUUUCGAACUUUAAAGUUCUAAAAAAGUUUCUCUUUCGGACCAUUUUUCUAUUGUGAUACCAACUCUUCCGAUUUACUUAAUACUCAUGAUUUAUUUAAUCUUAUAAAAAAAACUUUAUAUAAGAAAAAAUCGAUUAAUUCAAAAAACAAUCAAUCAGCUUGAAAGAGAAAAUGAGUUUUAAUCAAAUUAAUCCGAUUUGUUUGUCAAUUGUGAUUCUAACCAUUUGGAGUAAUGUUACUUCAGCUGAUCAGAUACAAACAACAACUCGUCAAUCAGUUCCCGAUCGAAGUACAGUUGAACUAAUUGGCGAUAAGUACGAUCGAAUGGCUAAAUAUCUUUCGUUGGCUGACCUGGAAAAGGAUGUUUCUAGUAACGAGUUGACCUUUUUUGUUCCCACUGAUGAAGCCUUUAGGGAUGUCCCUUGGUCGAUUGCUCAAGAAAUGCUUGUUAAUUCAACUUUCCUCAGAUUGGUCAUCGAGAAUCACAUAAUUCCAGGAACCUUUUCAUCCAAUAAACUCCCUGGUAAUUCAAUAUAUUCAGUGGGCGGUGAAUCUCUUAAUUUUACCAAAAAAACAGUUAAAGAUUGUGAUCUUGUAUUGGUGAACUCAAUUCCAAUUCUCGAACCUGAUCAAUCAACUACCAAUGGAAUUGUCCAUGGAAUCACUAAAUUAAUUUUACCUCAAAAAUUGAUUGAUGAUUGUAAAUGUGGUCAGCCAAAGGUCAACGACGUUGAAUCAACACUCAAGUUAUCGUCAACGACACCUAAUAGCUUGACAAGUAACUUACCUGAACGCAUAAUCGCUGGACAUUCAGAUCAGCCUAAUUAUGUGACCAUUGCACCAGAAAACUAUUUCCAACCAAGUUCAGAUAAAUUUUUACGCAGAUCUCAGGCCGCUAAUCCAGAGAUAAUUAGCUCUCCCGACUCGAAUGGGUCGUCAUCAACUACUCCAUUUCCUUAUUAUAAUGUUUGGGAUGAUUUGGUUGCUAAUCACAAUUUAACGACAGGUAAUCAGGGAGAUAAUAGAACGCGAGAAGUCGAAGAGGAACGACCAAGGUUCUUUAGAACUCGAACACCUGGUCGAGUAUCAACUGAAUCAUCAUUAUCUCCGUCAUCCACAUCAUCACCGAACGAAACAAAUUCAGGGACAAGUAACAAUAUCGGAGGAACUCAAGGAUCAUCAACAUAUAAUGACAACACUGCUUCGCCCACACCACCUCCAAGAUUCGGUCUUCGUCGACGAGUUGUAGUUCGACCUCAGCCUACAGGUCGACCUUAUCAAAACAAUUCUAAUAAUAAUUUCGAUGUUAUUCCUAAUGAUCCAAUCAGACCGAUAUCAAGGCCUAACGACAACAAUAAUGAUCAUUUAGUUCCUUCGGUUUAUUAUGUUGAAGACUCGGAAGGUGUCGAAAAUGUUACACCAUCGCGAGAUAAUUCACCAACCUACAGUCCACCUCUUGUUUAUCGACCGACCACAACAACGCCAAGUCCUUUCAUAAGAGUAACAAGUCCACCUUUAGAUACUCGCCGAAGAUCACAAGAUGGACGAUUAAUAAAUCUCGAUUCACCGAUUUCUGAUGAACCAAACCAACCAGAACUUUCACCAAAUGCCAAUGCCAACAAUAACUAUCAAACAACACGAAGGCCAUAUUUCCGACGACCUGUACCUUCAGCAUCUAAUAACCCAGGAACUAAUAGAAAUGUUUCAAAUACUAUUAAUUGUCACCCACAAGAUGUUAAUUGUUUGAUUUCUGCGAGUGCAUCGAAUCCUAAUAACCCAUCGAACAAUGAUUCGCCUUCACCAGCUCGAUAUGAUCCACGAUUCAAGCCUGAACUUGGCCCGAUUAGAAAUAAUCCAACAUCUCCAGAAGAAAAUUUACCAAGAGCUCCAAGCGACAAUGGGUUCCGUCGUCCAGCAACCGAAUAUUAUUUGAAUGAUCAAACUACUCCUUCCACCACUUUCUUUGAUUCAACUCGUCGGCCCACUUCACGUAGCCCUCAAGAUGUUUGGCGAUCAACAGCUUCUUCAUCAGUUACUCCUCGAUACGAAGAUGACUCAGCUAAUUAUGUCCGUCGCAUUGGUUCAGAAAGACCAAGAGGAGGCAAUUCUAAUGCACGAGGCCGUCAAAUUGUAAGAUCAACGACUACUACAACCGAGCCCCCAACUUAUUACAACAAUGUCCCAGUUCGUGCAGUUGACAGUCGUGCUUAUCAGAGUGAUCCUCAGUAUCGACCAUCCAGACCAAACAAUAAUGAGCCAAUUUAUCCUCGAGAACCAAAAGUUGAUAAUAAACCAGAAGUAGACUCAAAUACAAUUGCCGAUAUUCUCGAAGACCCUGGACUAUUUCUUGAGAAAAAGCCGAUAUCUUUUUCAAUGUUCAAAGAUCUAAUAAGAAGAGCUGGUUUACAUAACUUGGCCUCUUCGAAAAAACCAAUUACUGUUUUCCUACCGACUGACGAUGCUUUCGAACAGUUGGAAAAUAAUGGUUUCGAUAAAAUUUAUCGUAACCCAGCUGAUUUACAGAAUUUCUUACUUCGUCAUAUAGUUAAUUAUCCAGUCAAACCAAAUGAGAUGAGUGAUGGAUUAGUAAUUAGAUCCAUUUCAAACAGUCCGAUAACAAUAAAAGCUUUCGAUGAUGGGAUGAAAGUUUAUGCCAAUGGAUCACCGAUUUUAGCGGCAACUGAAGCGACUAAUGGUUAUGUUUAUGUUUUAGGAAAAGUGAUUAGUGAUUCUGAUCAUCAAGUUAAAAAGGAUAUUGUUCAACAAAUUGAACAAUUGGAAAACACUUCAAUCUUUGCAAGUCUUUUAAGACGAAGUAAUUUGAUUCCGCAAUUGAAAGAAUCUGGAGGGCCUUGGACUAUCCUUGUUCCCGAUAACGAGGCAUUUGCAGAGAUUCAACCACAAACUCGAGACAAAAUAUUGAGCGAUCCAUCAUUGAUUCUCUCAUUGGUUGGUAAUCAUAUCAUUAAUGGUUCGUACAGUUCCGAGAAAUUAUCAAGGUCAAGAAACAUUCUUCCAAUGGUUGGACAAAAACCUUUGAAGCUUCGAGCUUUUCCAGGAGCCGUGAUCAUCAAUAAUCAGGCUUCGAUUAAGCAACCAGAUUUAGGAGCAAAGAAUGGAGUUAUUCAUAUUAUCAAUCGAGUUCUUUUGCCUGAAGAUUUAAAAGCAAACCUCACGACUAAUAGUCGUGGCCGAGGACGAGCAUAUGAGGGAUCAACUGACCCUUCGAACCAGUUUCAUCCAAGAAGAGGGCUUUAUUCCGAUCCUAAUGAGAGAAAUCGAGAAGAGAGUCAAGAACUUGGACCAAAAAUGAAAGCUCGCAAAUUCGUGUCAUGGUUAGAGAAAUCGGGUGUAUUGGACCAAUUAAAGCAAAACAACACACCUUAUACGAUAAUUGUUCCGACUGAUGAAGCUGUUAGUAAAUUACCGUCUCAAAUAUUGAAUCAACUGGACAGUGAUCCUAAAAAUUUGAAAUCGCUUCUUGCCUAUCAUGUGGUUCCUGGUGAAAUUAAUUUAUCUGCACUGGAAGAUGGAGAAACCCUGAAAUCAUCAGAUGAUAAACCGAUUCAAUUUACAAGAUUAGAAGCAAAUAGAUCCUUGCUUUCCGGGGCUCCGGUUGUUGAUGAAUAUAAACAGGGGGAAAUGAAGUUUUUAGCUGUUGACAGAGUCCUUUAUCCACCUCAUGGAACCAUUUUCGAUAUUAUCUCAGGAUCGCCGAUAUUGACCAACAUCUCACAGAUCAUAAAAACUGCCAAUUUAGUUUCAGAAUUCUCAGACUCUCCUGGUCCUUAUACUCUUUUUGCUCCCACUGACCAAGCAUUUGCUUCUUUGGGUCAAGAUGAACUGCUUAAAGUUACAAGAGACAUCAAAAGUAGUCGAGAUUUCCUGGUAAAGCAUAGCUUGAAAAGAGUUCUUUUUACUAGUGCCAUUCCAAUGAACGAUCGUAAAGGAAUCAAUGUUGAAAAUAUCAAUAAAACGUCGAUAAAUCUUCAAAGAAAACCAAAUUAUGUGACUGCAAACGGAGUUCCAUUGGCCUAUGCCGAUAUAACUGCGACCAAUGGAGUUAUUCAUGUUCUUAGUAAACCUCUUUAAGAACAAUUCUCAACUUUUUCAAGGAUCACAAUUAAUCAGCAACUGAUUCCAAGUAAAAUGAUUAAAGUGAAUUUUUAACAGACAAACAAUAAAAAUAAAAAGUUAAUUGUAA